AAAACCACUUUCACAUUUCUCAGCCUUGAAACUUUGGUGUCUCCAGGCCUCUAGCCUCAGAACUUUCCACGAUUUCUGUCUGGGCUCUGUGGCUCCUCCCUUGCCCAGCCCCAGAGGGGACCCUUGAGGUCCUUCCCCAGCCCUUAUGGUUAGGGAAGGCAUGGCCUCCCUGAGGGCAGGUGAGCCGCUUGUUGAGCUUCCCUAUGAGAAGCCCUGCAGCACCAGACUGAAGAGCCAGCCCCUCUCUGGCACCCUGGCCCUGAGCUCCACUCUCAGCUCCACCCACCACCUGUGCCUGGCCUUCCCCUGGUCCUGUGAACACACUGAGGGAAAGGGAAUUCAGGGAUUCCUCCCCUCAGGUACACAUCAAUGUUUCCGGAUAGCUGAAAUCCAGUGUGCCAGCUGUGGUGAGCUGUGUUGUAUGGAGCCAUCUGGUGCAAAUCAAGCCUGUCUUCCCAUACGGUAUCACCAAACAGCUACCAAAUGCCAGAGCUGACUUCAAAAGCAGGCCUUGCAGACAUGAAUACCUCACCCCUGCAAGACCACCACUGUAGUUUUCCAGAUCUUGCUCAGGGCCUGCCAAGGCUGAGUCUCCAAACAGGCAGCACUGAACCCCUGGCCCACAGCCCUAAGGGCCAGGGCCAUCUGCUCCUGGAGGCCCCUGUAGCUGGAAGGAGAGGAGCUUCACGGAGCAUGCAGCCUAGUUCCUAACCCAGCAAUAAGGCCUGCAUCUCUCCAAACCUGAGCUGGUAGGAGCCCCACAGAAGCCAAAGCUGUGUCCUAGGGGAAUGUCCCUGUGGCUCACUUAGUCACUGGCCCCUUGACGGAUGAGUCUAUACAACCUGUGUCACAGUUGGAGGCAGCGAGAGUGUGAGCAGAAAGUCGCCCCUCGGGUCGCUCUGAACAAGAUCCCUCCUUGUGACCUAGGAGGGCCAGGUGUGGGCCUUGUGCUGCAUGGGCUACACGCAUGCGCACACACGCACAGGUGCUUAUGUGAGCACACGGAGACCAGAGGUCAGCCUUGGGUACUGUCUCUCAGAUGUGGUCCACUUGGAUCAUCUCUCACUGGCCCAGAACGCCGCAAGCACUUAGACUGGGUGGCCAGGAAGCCCAGGCUUGGCCGGUCCCUACCUCCCCAGCCCUGCAAUUGUAAGUGCACCACAGCACCCAGCUUUCUUAUGCUGGGUGCUAAACUGGGCCCUUACAGUUACAUAGCAAACACUUCACCGCUAAGCCAUCUCCCAGCCCCUUGGAUGACAGUCAAAAUGCUGAUGAGUCAGGCCAAAGAAAAUCCCCAUUCCCAUAAUGCCAAUGGUACAGACCAAAGGAACAGUCCAUGACCCCUAACCAGCAGCAGAGGGUAGUUACCCUUAUUUCUUACUGAACCCAGCUCCGUGGGGCACAGUGUAUCUGCUGCUCACCACAAUAUCUGCAUCAAAUAAAUGUAACCAAAAAUAGAUGAUGGUCUCUCCUAACAGUGUGCCAAGCUUAGAAAAACAAACAAAAAAACAUUCUGGCAAGGAGACAGCUUCCUUGUCUUCUAGAAGUUUCUCCUCCCUGGAAGUUCCGCCAGGCAGGUUACUUGCCAUGAACCUCAGUCUUCUCAAGCUGAAGGCAUCACAAUGGCCGGGUUGGUCAGCUCUGUGACAUCACCAGGGUCCAACACUAGGGGCCCGGGCUCUCUGGCGCCACGGCAGACAGACCCACCAUGAGCUGUUUUCUGCCCAGCCUCUGCUCACCAUGCGGACGCUGAGAUGGUUCCUGUUUCUGUCUCUGUGCAUCUCUUGCACCUGCGCCUUCAUAUUUUCUUCGCUGAGGGAGAAAACCAAAGAAAGCCCAGGGAAGGUGCCUUGUGGAGGACAUUUCCGGGUUAGACAGAAUCUUCCGGAGCACUCCCAAAGCUGGCUUGGGAGCAAAUGGCUCUGGCUUUUCUUCGUCAUUAUGGUAUAUAUGGUGCUGAAAUUUCGAGGAGACAGCGAGAAGGAUAAGGAGCAAAAUCCUACUGGCCUUCGAAGCUGUCAGUUUCGCUCUCCACCGAAGAAAAAUCAAAAUAUAUCCCCCAGCAAGGAUUUCACUUUCAUUACUUUAACCCAGCUCGAGAUAGAACUGGUGAAAUUUGUGUCCAAGGUGCGGAAUCUGAAAGUCUCCAUGGCAGCCAGCAGUAGCUCUAGGCUGCAUAGCCCAGAGAUACCCAUGGACCCGCGCGAUAAUGUCACAAUAUAUGAGAUAUGGGGAGAGGAGGACUCUGAGUGAGUGAAGGGGGCUUUUAUCAAAGUGUGAGAGAAGAUAAGCCGGGUGUUGGCACAGUAUCCAAAUAAUAAAGACUAUUCUGAACAAAGA